UCCAAGACAACUAAUUGCAUUGCAUAAGCCUUAUUAAUUUGUUCUUGUUGUUUAUAGCUGAACACUUCAUCUAUUUUUGCAAACCCUUGAAAUAAGAAGUCGUCGGCGAAGAUGAUGCACAUGACCUUUUACUGGAGCCGGAAGGUGAAUCUCCUGAUUGAUUCCUGGCAGACCGAGGAUUGGACCGAUUAUCUUCUCACCCUUCUUGCAUGCCUCAUCGUUUCCGCUUUCUACCAGUUCAUUGAGAAUCGUAGAAUUUGCCUCAAGCUCAUCGGCGCUGGAAAACCCUUCCCGUCGGAGAUCCAGACCCCUCUGUUAAAGCGGAAGCUCACCGGAAACGGGGCCAAAUUGGGCGUGAAGGUCGCUGGGGCGAUUCUCUUUGGGCUGAGCUCGGCCAUAGGGUAUUUCUUGAUGUUAUCGGUUAUGUCCUUCAACGGAGGGGUCUUUGUGGCCAUCGUCUUGGGUCUCGCUGUUGGUUACUUUUUCUUCAGGAACGAGGGUGAAGAUUCCAUUACAGUAGACACUUCUUGCGCCUGUGCUUAAAUUCAGUCACUUUUAAAUCUUUCAAUCUUCUCAGCUGAAAACCGUACUUGUUGUUUAUUAUUCCCUGUUUUAAUUUAGUCCUAUUGAUUAUGGAUAUGUAAUUUCAUGUAUGGAUAUGUAAUUUCAUGUAUGGAAUUGUAAUUAAAUAUAACUGUGAUAAUGGGAAGUGGGAACCCUUGAUUGAUUCUAAAGUUUAAUAUAUUUUUCGGCA